GUUUUGACAUUUGCUUGUCCGAAAUGAUUUUCAUACUCAAGUACUUCGCUUUUAUUAUUUACGGAAUUUUGAUAUUUUUAUUUGCAAAUUAUCUCAAAUUUGCCAAUAUUUAUGAUAAAUACUUUAACUGGUCUCACAACGAUAUGGAGAAUUCAAAAUUCUAUGAUUAUGUUGUUGUCGGUGCAGGCAGCGCUGGGUCUGUAAUCGCUGCCAGAUUGUCCAAAGCUGGGGAGAAAACUUUGCUAUUGGAAGCAGGUGGUGCAGUUCCUCCAUUCUUGAAUAUCCCUGUACUAACUCCGUUAUUCCAACAGUCUGUCUUCGACUGGCAGCAUGUUACCGUUCCGCAAAAACAUGCUUGCAAAGGAUUAAUCAAUAAUCAAAGCAAGUGGCCGAUGGGAAAAAUCUUAGGAGGAUCGAGUAGACUAAAUUAUAUGGCUUAUGUUCGCGGUCACGCCGCUGAUUACAGCGAUUGGUUCCCCGAUCUUGAGGAAUUUAUAAACACAGGAAACGAUUCUUUGAAUGUAAAUUAUAAUAAUUGGUACACGGAUUUACCUGAAGCUAUAUUGAACGGAGUUGCAGAACUGGGACAAAAUGUUGGAAAUAUAAACAGAGAUCUAGACAUUGGAUUCAUGAAAGUGGAAUUGACCUCAAAGGAUGGAGAGAGAUGGAGUAGCGACAGACUGUUACAUAGGGAUAUUGAAAAAUUAACUGUCAUCACUAACGCUCAUGUUAAUAAGGUUUUAUUGAAAGAAAAGAAAGCCGUUGGAGUUGAAUUUGAGAAACUGGGAACCCAGCUGAAAGCCUUUGCCAAAAAGGGGGUCAUUCUCUGUGCCGGAGCAAUUGGCACUCCGAAGCUAUUAAUGCUCUCAGGAAUAGGUCCGAGAGACCAUCUUAAAGGUCUAAAGAUCGAAGUAGUGAACAAUUUACCUGUGGGUCAGAAUUUGGUGGAUCAUAUUCUUACCGGUCUUGACUUAGUCGUGCUCAAUACAACUUUACCACUGAACGUAUUGAAUGUUCUAAAUCCUCUGUCAGCGUUCAACUACUUCUUUCACGGCAAAGGUCCUUGGACUUCAGCGGGCAUCGAAGUUGUUGGUACAUUGCAUAGUACUAAAUCAAAUCGAAAACGCGAUCCGCCAGAUAUACAACUGAUGGUAAUGCCAGUUGGAAUAUCUCAAGAUGGUGGUAUCGCAUUGAGGAAAAUUAUGGGUAUAUCAGACGAGGUAUUUCGCGAUUAUUUUUCUCCACUGACCCACGAAACAGCUGUCAACAUAUUACCGGUUUUAUUGCAUCCAAAAAGCUCUGGGGAUAUCAAAUUACAAAGUUCUGAUCCAGCCGAUCCCCCUAUUAUCGAUCCAAAGUAUCUUUCCGUUCAAGAAGACGUUGAAGUUCUGAUAGAUGGUAUACAAUUCGUGAAAAAAUUGAUCAAAACAAGAGCCAUGCAGAAACUGGGCGCGACUCUUUACACAAAACAUUACCCAAGCUGCAAGGAAUUUUCAUUCAACAGUAAAGAAUAUUGGGAAUGUUACGUCAGACAUGUUACUUUGACAUCUUAUCAUCCCGCAGGAACCUGUCGCAUCGGUAGCGUUGUAGAUGAAUUUUUCAGGGUCUAUAACACUGAAAACCUCUACGUAGUUGAUGCGUCGGUACUUCCAGUAUUACCAAGUGGCAAUAUCAAUACCGCAGUUGUAAUGUGCGCAGAAAAAGCAGCUCGAUUAUUAAUUGACAAGAAAUUUGUCAUACAGAAAUCGCAGUGUCAUACAACAGAUUUUAUCCAAUACUUAUUCUACGCUUCUCAGGUGAAGAACUGAGUAUUAGACAGUUUUAGUAAUUUUUCCAGAAUCAACUUGUGACUGUAAAUAUUACAAUAAUAACAAUUCUAAUCAAUUCACUUCUACAUUUUGUAUAUUAUAUUCUCAUCAGAUACAUGGUGGAAAUUGUUAAUUAACAUACUGCAUUGAGCACUUUCACAAUAAUAAUAAUAAUGAUAAUAAUA